AUGGGGGUGCAGGUGACGUUUGCCAACAUCUGCAAGAUGUUCAUAAGCAUGGAGCCAUCGCCUUUGACAGACAAGAUCGAUCGGUGGUUCGGCGACUUGCUUGAUGGUCUAAGGGCAUACCCCUUUGAUUUUCCAGGGACAGCGUCUCACGGCGCUCGAAAGAGUCGCCGGAAGCUAGACGCGAUCUUCCGAGAGGAGCUGGAGGCAAGGAAGAAGGUGGACAGGCAAUGCGAUGAUCUAAUGGGCGGUCUGAUGCAGAUGAAGGACGAGCAGGGAAAGAAGUUGAGUAAUGAGGAGGUGGUGGAUAACAUUGUUUCCCUUGUCAUCGCCGGCUACGAGUCCACUACCAUCGCCAUCAUGUGGGCUGUCUACCACCUCGCAAAAUCCCCCGUCGUCCUUGCCAAGCUUCGAGAGGAGAAUAUAGCGAUGAGCAAAAGCAAAGGCGGGUCGACGUCAACGAGUUUGAUGAUCACCCACACCGACAUCCCAAAGAUGAAGUACACGGCCAAGGUGGUGGAGGAGACAAUCCGGAUGGCCAACAUCGCCCCCAUGGUCCACCGCGUGGCAAACAGAGACGUGGAGUACCGCGGCUAUACCAUACCGAAGGGUUGGGCUGUGCUGGUGUGGUUGAGAUCCUUGCACACUGAUCCCAAUUACUACGAGGAUCCCCUCUCCUUCAAUCCUAACAGAUGGGAUGAACCGGCUAAGGCAGGAACAUAUCAGGUGUUUGGAGGUGGCCCUAGGGUCUGCGCAGGCAACAUGCUUGCCAGGCUACAGGUCACCAUCAUCCUGCAUCAUCUCUGCGUCGGCUACGAAUGGGAGUUGCUCAAUCCUGAUGCAGAGAUCAAUUACCUUCCACACCCAAGGCCAGCGGAUGGUGCAGCCAUGGCCUUUUGUAAGCUUAGCACAUGAUCACGCAAUCAAUUGAAAUCAGAUCAAAUAAACCAGUCUAUUGUAGUGCAUGUGUGUAUGUUAAUAUUGGC